AUCUAUAAAUACUGCACGUUAAAAGCAAACCCCUUAUUCCUUUUCAUACAGUAUUGCAAACAGUCUUACCACUCCAGGCAUUCCAGAACGUGCAGACCAAUUUUGCUUAUUUUGAAUUUCGAUCAUUUGUAGCAGUCCAAGAAAAGGAUAAAAGGAAUUGCUUUCAAUAUGGUUGAUACUCCAUUGCAUCUUGCGGCAAAAAUUGGAAAUGGCGAAGGUGUACGUUUGUUAUUAAAAUCAGGUGAAGAUGUCUACGCUAGUAAUGCACUUGGUUAUACAUCCUUGCAUUACGCGGCAUUAAAUGGUCACUUAGAAAUUGUGCAAGAACUGUUGAAGAAUGGUGCUAAUUUGCAUAUUGCAACUAAGGAUGGCGAUACAGCAUUGAUCCACGCAGCAAUGAACGGACAUCUUGCAGUUACUCAAGAAUUAUUAAAACAUGGCGCAAACCUUCAUGAUAGUAAUAAGAUGGGACGCACAGCAUUGUACUUUGCUGCAAGAUACGGCCAUCUACCUGUUGUUCAAGAGUUAUUAAAUAAUGGUGCAAACGUAUUCGAUAAGGAUGUUGAAAGCUUCACACCUUUAAAUAUUGCAGCAAAACAUGGUCAUCUUGAAGUUGUUCAAAUAUUAUUAAAGCACGGUUCAAACCCUCACGAGCCUAAUAAUUUGGGCUGGCAGCCCUUAAGCCUUGCAUCACGACACGGCCAUCUUGAAGUUGUGAAGGAAUUAUUAAGAAACGGUUCUAAUGUACACGCGCAAGGCGUUUGCGGGAAGACAGCGUUGCUAUUUGCUGCAGAGGAAGGAUACCCUGAAAUAGUUCAAGAAUUGUUGAAGCACGGUUCCAAUGUGUAUCAUAAAUCAAUAACCGGAGACACAGCUCAAAGACUUGCUGCAAUAUUUGGACAUGAGAAAGUGGUUGAUGAAUUACUAAAACAUGGUGCAAAUCCCUACGAAUUGCCUCAAGUUCCAAUGGCCGCUGUGAAUCCUAAUAAUUUUUCAGAAAAUUUCAAAUCUACGCAGGAUGCUACAGUAAACAAUAAUCAACAAGGAGUAGGCGCCAGUAAUGUCACUCCUCCUAACAGCGGUACAAUGUACGAGCAACAAAAAGUAACAGUAAGUGGCCCCUUACUUGGGAAUGCAAGUGGUGUAACUCAACAGCAGGCACUGAACGCAAGCGUAUUGGGUAUGCAGCAAGCAAUGUUAAAUAAUGCCUCUGCCAAGUUAAACAUGCAGCAACCCAUGCAUCAGGCAUUGAACGCAAGCGCAUUUAGUUUGCAGCAAGCAAUGUUAAAUAAUGCCUCUGCCAUGUUGAACAAGACAGCAGAUAUGUUCAAUGCACAAGCUAUGAACACCCAGGCAAUGAUCAACCCAACUAUGAACAACCCAGCUAUGAACAACCCAGGUAUGGGCAACUCACCUAUGGCAGCUAUGAGCAACUCAGCUAUGAGCAAACCAGCUAUGGGCAAUCCAGCACAGUUUGGAUUAGCUCCAUCGUUCAUGAAUCAAGGUUUAUUUAAGCCUCCCGGUAGUAAUCAAUAAAAUGGUAUAUGUACUAAACUAGUAAAAUAGUACUAAACAAAAAUAGUCAUUGUAAAAUUAAAAAUAAAAUAUUAACCGAC